GCGGCAGCCGGGCGGCGCGAGGUGAGGUGAGGCGAGGCUGCUGAAGUUGUGAAUAACGUACUGAACUUCCCACCUAUAACACUGAAAAUUACCUUUGUCUGAGCUUGAAGAUUAAGUCUAAAAAAGAUAAGUGUCUUCUAGCCUGAAACUUCAGCUGAAUCUGGAAUAUGAGGUAUUUUUGAGAUCUAUGUGAUGAAAGUCAGAAGCAGCCUCUAAUUCAAAGAGAAUGUAUGCCCAACUUUCUGGUAUUUUAAAUGCUAAAAGAAGAUGGCUUGCUUUCCCAAAAUAUCCUUUCAAUGUGAAGUUGAAGAAUAUCUUGGCAAAGUGUUCAGAAAUAGUGAGCUUAUAACUGCUUUAGGUACACAGGAGGCAGAGAGUAAAUACCAAGCUCUGUUAAGUCAUCUGUCUCAUCCACCAGCUUUCACAACUGUUAGAGUAAAUACACGCUUGGCCUCGGUGAAACAUGUGAAAACUUUACUGUUUGAAGAGAUCCAGAAGCAAUUUAAAGGACUAUGUGUUCCAAUUCUUGAGCACCCAGAAAUCCAGGACAUCUUAUUAAUUCCUGUCAUUGGACCCAGGCAAGGUAUAAAAAGACAUGCAUCUGAAGUCAUUGUUGGAGCCCACUGUGGUUAUGCAGUACUUCGAGGAGCACAUGUAUAUGUCCCAGGAAUUAUAUCUACCUCAAAAUUUUUGAAAGCUGGAGAUUUGGUCUCAGUGUAUUCUGAUAUUGAAGGGAAGUGUAAAAGAGGAGCCAAAGAAUUUGGAGGAAUCAAAGUUUUCCUUGGAAAUGGGAUUUCUGAACUGAAUCGCAAUGAAAUCUUCAGUUCAAAUGGCCCACUGAAUGGGAUGGGCAUAAGAAUGAUAGAGCCAGUCUACCUUAGCCCUUCGUUUGACAAUGUGCUUCCUAGUCAUUUGUUUUUACAGAACUUGCCUUCUGUGGUUGUGAGCCACAUUUUAAACCCUCAGCCAGGAGAGAGAAUUUUGGACAUGUGUGCUGCACCUGGAGGAAAAACAACCCAUCUUGCCACGUUAAUGCAUGACCAGGGUGAAGUAAUAGCCAUGGACAAGAUAGCCAACAAGGUGAAAAAAAUUAAGCAGAAUGCUGAAUUGCUCCAAUUGAAUUGCAUUAAGGCCUUUUGCUAUGAUGGAACAAAGGCACUCUCAGUUGAGAAGAGAGAGGAUAAACAAGAAGGUCCUCCUUUUUUACCAGAGUCAUUUGAUCGAAUUCUUCUCGAUGCACCAUGUAGUGGAAUGGGGCAAAGACCAAACAUGGCUUAUUCUUGGACUCUAAAGGAAGUGACAUCUUAUCAACCACUGCAACGCAAGCUUUUCACUGUGGCAGUGAAAUUGCUGAAGCCAGGAGGUGUUUUAGUAUACAGUACAUGUACGAUUACACUUUCUGAAAAUGAGGAACAAGUUGCUUGGGCCCUGGAAACCUUUCCAUGCCUCCAGCUUCAGCCACAGGAACCUCAUAUUGGAGGAGAAGGCAUGAGGGGAGCUGGGCUGUCGCUCGUUCAGUUGAAGCUGCUGCAGAGAUUUGAUCCAUCUGCUGUGACUUUGCAAGGAAUGGAUAUUAAUUCUUUGCAAGAUUCCAGGGAAGAUGAUUUGAUUGCACUGGCAAAUAAGGACUGUAUAGGAUUUUUUAUUGCAAAAUUUAUUAAAUUGAAUAGUAAAUAAGUAUUCAGCGAUACAACCUGAAAAAAUACCUUUGUGAGUUGAAGAACAGUUCAAACGUUAACUAUAUUUCUUACUGCUGCAAUGUUGCCAAGCCAACAGACUGACGACAUGGUUGCUAUGGUAGCACUAAAAUCUGCCAGCUGUUCUGCUGGGAAAAAGCCACAGGUUGCAGAAAGAAAGUCACAGCUGGGGGAGGGGUAGUAUCUUUUUUUAAGUCUCCACUUACUUUUGUAUUUACAGCAGAUCAGUGCAUGAAUGACAAGUAUGUUUAGUCAUCCUGUUGUCUGUUUUAUCUUUUGCUAUGUGUGUAGCUCAUAUAGCACCACAAGCAUAGGAACAGGGCUUUAUGGGGAUAGGGUGGGGGUUAAGCUAUCUUAUGAAAUGUAAUCAUAAAUAAAAUAGAUUGGAACUGUUUUUGCAAAUUUUGGAAAAGAUGGUUUCUGUGGAGGUUUACCAAAAUGCUUCAUUAAAUAGUGCUAAGUGAAACACUAAUAUUUCACAAAUAACUGUUUUAUAAA